GUCAAACUUUUCCCUCAUUGGCAGUUCAGUUUGAUUCCAGAACAGGGUACUUCUCUUUAUCGCUCAUCAUCCUUGGCAACCGACCAUGAAGAUCACCUUGGUGUCAGUGGCCACGGCGUUGGUGUUUUUGAUGGGUGUCCAUGGGCACCCACAGCCUCAGAAAGACUUCGACCUGCAGAGGUUUGCAGGGAAGUGGUACCGUGUGGGCCUGGCCUAUGACUCCCCGGGCUUCGUCCCAUACAGAGACAAGCUCAGGGUAUCCAUGGGAAUGCUGACACCACAGACCAAUGGCAACGUCAACCUCACUAUGUGGAGCCAGAGUUCGUCAGGUUGCCGCAGUAAGCUUUACACAUAUGAGAAGACAGCGACACCUGGUGCCUUCACCUAUUUCAGCACACGACAUAACAAGGAGAAGGACAUCACAGUAGUGGAGACUAACUAUAAUCAAUAUGCGCUGGUUCUGAAGCACAAGAACAUGGACAGAGAGUACACACAGGUGGCCCUUUAUGGUCGGUCCCAGAAGUUAAAGCCUGAUGUGCUUCAGAAGUUUAGAGACUUCGCUACUUCUCAAGGAUUUCCCAAGGAUGCCAUUAUGACUCCAACGCUUACAGAGAACUGCCCUCCUUCCAAACACAAGACCAGAAGGACAUCAUGAUGCUCGUGUAUCGGCUUCCCAGCACCAGUUUCCCGAGCACUUAGAUCACCUUUGUCUCUCCAUUGGAACAAAGCAUUAGAACUUCAGCACACGUUACCGUACAAGUUCAUCCUGCGUUGGGUUCCAUUGAAACAUGCACUUAUGGACACCACUUCUUAUUUUAUUACCAACACCUCCAUUGAUAUCUGGUUAUUAUACCUUCUGUACCACAGACUGUUACAUUCCUUUUCCUUUCUGAAUCUCAAUGUGAAGACACGUCAGUGUGUUGUGGAAUGCUGCUAAUGCUAAAUAAAUGCUUGUUUUUCCUACCCACUGUGCUUCAAAAUCUUAU